UUGUGACUUCUUCAAAGCGAGAUGCGAAGAUGCUACCUUGAAAAUUGACAGGAACAUCAGACACUGCCAGAGCCAGGUGAACGUGCUCAGCAACGUCACCAGACUUCCUCCACCCACGAGACCUCCUCGCCCCACAAGACCAUCCGUAGACAUAUGCCAGAAGAUUGAGACAGAUGGCUGCUCCGACAGGAUGAACCGCCCCAUAAGACUUUGCGCCAGUAACGGGAAAAUGUACACAACCAGUUGUGAUUUCACCAAGGCAAGAUGUGAGGAUCCUGCUUUGAGAGUUGACUGGAACAUCAGGCACUGCCAGAGCCAGGUGAACGUGCUCAGUAACGUCACCAGACUGCCUCCGCCCACGAGACCUCCUCGCCCCACAAGACCAUCCGUAGACAUAUGCCAGAAGAUUGAGACAGAUGGCUGCUCCGACAGGAUGAACCGCCCCACAAGGCUUUGCGCCAGUAACGGGAAAAUGUACACAACUGGGUGUGACUUUGUCAAGGCCAGGUGCGAAGAACCUUCCUUGAAGCUGGACAGGAACCUUAACCACUGUCGUCAGGACGAGUAAAAAUGACUCGCUGCUUAAUCUUUACAAGCGUUGGCAGUUCACGCUAAAUUACCGCAUUUUGAUUUGAAAAGAACAUGUUUUGAUUUCCCUAAAGACGUGUAAAAUAAUUGUCAUCUAUUUAAAGGCCUAAAAAUAAAUGUUUUACAAUAUGA